CAUCACCGGGUAAUGGGCGUGUUUCUCCUCACCAACAUGUCGGCGUAGGAGUUUCAACCAAAACUUUACAGUCAAUAUUCACUAAGUUUGGACGUAGAACAGUUCGCAUUUGGAAGAAUAUGGUGUGCGAGCGUAGCGCAGACUUAGUCAAACCUUAUGAGAGUGGUUUAUUUUGUAGGGUUGUAAUUUUUAUAGUAUUUAUUAGCAUAAACUUCGGGGUCUGUGAAUGUGAGGGAAUCAGCCCAGAGAAAUGUCUCAUCUGGGGUCUGGGUUUGAACCCCGACAGGGUUUUACCGGUCCGCUACUUCUAUAUUCAGGCGGUUAAUUCAAAGGGAGAAAACCUGACUUUGUCUCCAGGUAAAGACACAUUCAAAGUGAAGAUAAGCUCCCUGGACAAGAAGGAGCACAUCCGCAUCCACGUCCCCCCACCUCUGGACAGAGAAGACGGGUCCUUCCUUGUGAGGUACCGGCUCUACGGCACAGCGCUGAACGGUCUGAAGAUUGACGUCCUGCACAAUGAUGCUCCAGUUGCCAUGUCACCCUACAUCAUGCAAGGUCCGGUCUAUCAUGAAUACUGUGACUGUCCUGAGCCCGAUGCCUCCGCCUGGCGUAGUGUGAUGCAGUGUCCCGCUGAAGAGCCUCAGAUUCUGGCGGACUUUAAAUCCUUCCCCAGCGUUGACCUGCAGUACAUCAGACAGGAAGUGCCUCCGAGAUUUUCUAACAGAGGAGGUCUCAUUCACUACGCCAUCAUCGACAACCAGCUGUACCGCCGCACUCUGGGCAAAUACACAGACUUCAAGAUGUUCUCUGAUGAAAUGCUGCUCUCUCUAACAAGGAAGGUGAGGGUGCCUGAUGUGGAGUUCUUCAUCAAUGUUGGCGACUGGCCGAUGGAGACGAGGAGGUCGGAUGCUGUUCCUGUCUUGUCUUGGUGCGGCUCCACAGACACCCGUGACAUUGUCCUUCCCACUUACGAGGUCACACACUCCACCCUGGAGGCCAUGAGGGGUGUCACCAAUGACCUGCUGUCUGUUCAGGGAAACACAGGGCCUCCGUGGGUUAACAAAACAUCACAGGCGUUUUUCCGUGGCCGGGACAGUCGAGAGGAACGUCUUCAGCUGGUCUCUCUGUCCAAGCAAAACCCGGAGCUGCUGGACGCCGGCAUCACAGGAUGGUUCUUCUUCAGGGACAGAGAGAAACACGUAGGCAAAACACCACUUGUUGGAUUCUUUGACUUCUUUAAGUACAAGUACCAGGUGAACGUGGAUGGAACAGUGGCAGCGUAUCGUUUUCCUUACCUGAUGCUCGGGAGCAGUCUGGUUCUGAAACAGGACUCGCAGUAUUAUGAACAUUUCUACAGCUAUUUAGAAGCGGGAACUCAUUACAUUCCUGUGAAGAGAAACCUGUCAGACCUUUUGGAGAAAAUCAAAUGGGCCAAAGAGAACGACGCCGAAGCCCAAGAGAUGGCCAGAGUGGGUCAGGCAGCGGCCAGAGAGCUCCUGCAGCCCAGCAGACUGUACUGUUACUACUACAGAGUGCUGCACAUGUACUCGGAGCGACAGACAGGACAGCCUGCACAACAUGCAGACAUGGAGCUGGUGCCUCAGCCAGACGACCACACUGCUGCGUGCACGUGUGGGCGGAAAAGCCACAAAGAAGAAGCCAACACGAAAGAUGAACUAUGAUGGAAUCUGUCGUUAGUCUUUUUUCUCUGAAUCAUUCCUGACAAAUAAAGAGUGAAAAUAACUGAAUGUUCCUGAUGAGAACACAAGAAAAAGUCAAUUCACAAUUUAUAAUUAUAGUUGUUGCCUUUAUUUUGGAUAAUAAAGGAAGCUGUAGGGCAGAUUUACAAUAAAAAGUCUCAUCCUGAGCCAUUUUUCAAUAUGAAGCUGCAGGAACAAAAUUAUAGUCUCUCUCUUUAUUUUUUAAUAUUGUGUGUUAUAUUGUUGUUUUGUACCUUUUGUAAAGCUCCUUUUAGUCAUGUGAGGAAGUGGGGAUAUGAUUACUGUUUUGUAAACGUGCCUUUUCAUUGGAUAUUUGUUUACAGUAUUAACCUAUGGUAAAUAAAUCUUAUACACUACUGUA